AUGUUCAACAAUAUCAUUCUAGCUGCUACCGCAGCAGGCUGGUAUUCGGUGGCUGCAUGGCCGCUUCAGGCGAGAAGUUCCGAUGGGUGUGGCAUUCAGCAUCAGACCGGCUUCAACAACAGUACCAGCAACCAUCAAGUGGUGUCUGGAGGCCGUACUCGUACCUACGCUGUCAACGUACCACUAGACUACAACCAGGAUACGACCAAGCGACGGGCUGUGAUCUUCGAUUAUCACGGCAACAGCAGAACGCCCUACGAACAGUAUCAGGACUCGUUGUAUUAUGAAUACUCAGCAGGCGAAGAGUAUCUUGUCAUCUACCCAGCUGGUGUGAACAAGUCUUGGGAAGGUCCGACGUAUGCCGCCAAAGGAGUCGAUGAUCUUCAAUUCACUACGGAUCUUCUGGCCCAAGUUCGCGAGUCGUAUUGUGUGGACGACAACCAAGUGUACGCCUCUGGCAAGAGCAACGGCGGAGGCUUCGUCGAUCUGCUUGCUUGCUCUGACAACGGCGAUGAGUUCUCCGCCUUCGCAAUGGCUUCUGCAGCUCUCUACACCGACACCAGCCGGAACUCUUGCAACAAAACGCGUGCAAUCCUGGAAUCUCAUGGCGACGCGGACCAGACCAUCCCUUAUGUCCCCCUCAAGAACGGAUCCGGAGGUCCUCUGCCGGAUGUGGGACAGUGGGUGAGCUGGUGGGGAGACCGCACUUGUCCCGGUGCUUCGCCUGUCGAGUCCGGCGAUCUGGGGGGCUACAACACCACGACCUAUUCUUGCGGGUCAUACAACGAGGUCAUCGGCCACUACCAGAUUUUCAAUCUGGGACAUUGCUGGCCCAGCUCGACCGGUGACAAUUUCGACAGCAGCAAGUCGGAUUGUCAGGAUCGAUCGCUGGAUUACACGCCGGUAGUACUCGACUUCUUUUCGAGGUGGAAUUUGAGCAAUGCGCCUAACUAG